AUGACUGAAAAGGUGAAGAAGUACGAAAUUGCGGUGUAUUCGUAUAAAAACCAAAUACGAAAUUUAAAGAGAAGCCAACUGCACGGGGGAGACGUGAACAUACAGCUGAUAAACGUCUUCAUUAACGCCAUCUGUGACAUAGUGCAGCACAUAUGCUCGGACGUGCGCACACCGGUCUUGGCCCUCCUCCCGUUAAUCCAUUCCAUACUGAAUUCGAUCACCGUGAGGGAUAAAAAAAUAUACCGGUGCACAAAAUUGAUACAUACAGUAUUAACCCAAAUAGGAGAUACACACGUGGAGAAGGGUACUCUAGAGAAAGCCCAAGAGAAGGAGGAAACGGAGACAAAGGAUGAACUUCCUCCACACAAAUUAGAAGACCUAGAGUGGAUAGCUUCCGAAACUGAUGAUAAGGGGUGGCUAGCCAUUACUGACAGAUGGGAAUUAUGCAAGAGGGAUUUAAAAUGGUUGUGUGUGAAGACAAACAACAGAUCAUGGUUACUGUAUCGACACCUCUGGGAACACUGCUCCAAUGAUCUGAAAUACGUAUCUGUACUAUUUGAUGAUAAAAAAUGGCUACAUCUACAUAAUGUUUGGAAAUUUAUUCCCCUCAGUUUGAAAUUAAGAGCUAUCUCGUCGAAGGACCCAAGUGUUUGCAAGCCGUCCUUGACUGAAAUGAUCCUAAAGGAUGAUGAUAUUUAUCGGGACAAUACAUUACCGCUCAGUUCGCACUUGUUGAGUGAAGGUUGGAAACUCUUCUCAACCGGAAGAGGAGUCAGCAAAACAUUGGCACCGCAGAACAGGCACGAAGACGAAGGAGAAAAUGUAGCAGUCCCUUGUGCUGAAAAAGAGGCCAAUCGAGUUGGCAGCUUGGGUACAAGGAGAUAUUCCAAUGAGAUCCAUGUCAAGGAAAUUUCUAACAGAAAGGAAGCCCAGGUAGAUGUGUCUAAAAGGGGAUUCAUCACCCAGAAAGGUACUCCAAAGGAUGCUAAACAGAAUGGUGUGCACCCAGUUGAGAGUUAUAAAGAGGAGCUAGCCAAAAGACAGGGGAGUAAAAAUAUCAUGAGGGGUAAAAAGUUUUUGUCCAAAGGGCCAAACGGGGGAUCGCCAACGGGAAAUGAAGAAAAACAAAGUUGCUAUUAUAAAGGUACCGAGAUGAGUGCCAAAGCGGUGGAAAAAACAAGUGGCCUCUCAGUUGAACCCCCCAUUUUAAAAGAAGGAAGCAACCAAACUGGGGUGGAAGGCACGGAUGAAUCGAACACUUUGGGGGAAACUACUGUACAAAGUUCGAAGGCAGGCAUAGCUCGUAGACUGCUGCCACCCCCUCAGAAAGGAAAGGUCGUACCAAAAGGGAAAGGACCCCAGUUAGGGGCAUAUACUCCAGUUUUGAAGCAUCCACUUAGUGGGAAAGGCUCAGAAGUAGAAGAGAAAAGUAGCAGUAGUUUGUCCGUGCAAAAUGGAAAAGUGAAGAUGUCGAAUGGGCAGUUGAAGGGAGUCAUCUCGAAGGUGAAGAAUGCCCCAAAGAAAAUGCCGCCCCCCCUUACAGGCGGAUUAAAAAACCUUAUAAAAAUAAAAGAACCAAAUGGGAAGAAUAUUUCUGAUUUGUUAAAGAGAAAAAGUUUCAAGGAAAGUCCAUUGGAUUUAAAAAAAAGUGGAAGCAUUGUGCACUUAGACGAGGUGGUCAUAACUACUUCGAGUGAAGAUGGUGGCAGAGAAGAGGAGACCCAAGCGAGCGUGUCACAGCGGGCGGAUAGUCCCAAGAAGGCGCCCAAGGGGAGCACCAGUACGUAUUUCUCUGACCUAUUUAAUGCAUUCAAUUUCACGAUAAAUGGGAAGUUAGGAAAGCCAUCGAGCCACAGUACUGACACGGAGAGGGAGGAGCGGAGCAGUGAAUUUGAUACCCCUGGGGAAAAGAAAAGUUCGGAGCCCAGCGAUGAUUCGGGUGCGGAACAGGAACAGCAUAGGGAUCAAAUAGCUAGCGACUUGGAAGGGAAAGCCUUUCCAGGGGUAGGCAAAGGGGAGGGGGAAAUGGUAAGACGGGGGGACAGCGAUAAAGGAAGCGAGGGUGGAAGCGCGGAUGGAAACGUGGGUGGAAACACAGAUGGCAACGCAGAUGGCAGCAAGAAAUUCGGUGCGCAUCCGAUGGGGAGGAGCUUAAAGGGAUAUUCAAUGAAGAGGGACUUCCUGCAGGUUAAGAAGUCGGUAUCGAGUGCUGGGGCGCCAAGCGAUGUGGAGAUCCGGUUUGAGGGCGAUCCACUGACCAAAACGAUCGGCCACCUGGACCAAAAGAACGCAAAGGGGUUCUCCUCCAUUUUGGAAAAACCCAUGCAGAAGUUUCCCCCACGAAAGAGCAGCGGCAUUUUGCAAAAGGUCCUGAACGCCGACUUGGCCCAUCUGAAUUAUUCAAAUAAAAGAAUGACUGCAGAAGAAAUUGCAAAACAUAAGAAUGCAUCGCUCCAUAUAACUGUGAAGAGGAAGGUGUCUCUGUCGUCGUUAAAAAUGAAAACAGUGCCGAAACGGUGA